AUGACAGGUGUUGUACCAAAGACAGCUGGUAUCCUAAGAUGGGUUUGUCUGGUUUUGUCAGGAAAAAUCUGGUUGCAGUCCAAGGACAAUCAUUCUCUGUACCUGCUUCAGGACAACUCUGUAAAUGUUUUGAAAUUGGGUAAGAUCUCAUGGACAAAAGAGGGCCUGAAAAUGGUGCAGUCCAUCUCACUACAUUUGGCUGUUGUAAUUCAUCAAAAACUAGUAUGGUAUUGCAAACUGGACAAAAUGUGGCAAGCUAAUGCAUAG